UGUGCCUUACAGGGAUGGCUGGCAAGUACCAGAGUGGGGCAGGAGUGCCAAGGGAAAGGGAGGAGGAACAGGCUGAGUUUCAUACACUUGUCCAGGAGUUCCUGAAAUGCUUCUUGGGGAACCAUGUGUAUCCCGAGCAAAGGGAACAGCAGAGAAGGGAGCGGCAGUGCCAGCUGGUGCGAGCUCUGGUCAGCAGGAUCGUGGCUCGCGUGCAUGAGUGGAAUGUGCAGCUGUUCACGGGGGAAGCCAUCCUGGUGGGCAGCCAAGCCCAGGACCUCCACGUCCAGACAGAGUCCAGCAGCAGCGACUACGACUUCCUGGUCCCCAUCCGGUACAACACGAACCUAAUCCUUAUGGGCAGCCUGUACAGCAAACUGUACACCCCAAAAGGUCUUCUGCCUGUCUGGGAGAGCUUGAAGCCCGGGGUGCCGGUGUACCGCUGGGGGAACAAGGUGGUGGUGGAUUAUAACAAGCUGAUAAUGAGAGAUCUCUUGGAGAGGAAGACAGUAGACAUUGACCUCACAGAGGAAGACAUAAAAACAAUAAAUGACCGGCAGCUACGGCUUUGGAAGAGUAGUGUUGAUCCAUAUAGUGUAAUGACAGCAUUGUGGGAGUGUGUCCAGAAAGCUCUGACUGAAGGUAAGUUUCUUUGGGAAUAUUAAUUCAUUAUUACUGCAUUAGUUAGUUAAGGCCAGUCAGGAA